GUGAAAGAGUAUCAUCGAAGACACCCCCUGAAUUCAAUAUUUAUGGAUAUUUCCUGCCAACAUUUUCUUCAAAUUUAUGGAUUUGGAUCUAAUUAUGAGGAUGCAAGAUCACCUGACAGUCUUCAUUGCCAAUCUUGAAAGCUAAUUGUCUUAUCAGAUUUUUUGCAAUGGUGAAAUGAAGUAACUCAAGAUGAGCAAGUUAAAAGUGAUGUCAGAGAAAAGCAUUACCAAUAAUUCUCGGAUUGUGGGACUUCUGGCUCAGCUGGAGAAGAUCAAUCUGUCAGUUGAAUCUACAGAAACAGAUACUGCCAGAUAUGUUACAUCAAAAAUUCUUCAGCUGGCUCAAAGUCAAGAAAAAGCAAGGAGAGAAAUAACAGCUAAAGGCUCUACAGGAAUGGAAAUUCUACUAUCAACAUUAGAGAACACGAAAGAUCUUCAAACUAUACUUAAUAUCUUAAGUAUUCUUGUUGAGCUGGUGUCAGCUGGUGGAGGGCGAAGAGCCAGCUUUUUAGUUGCCAAGGGUGGUUCACAGAUCCUGUUGCAGUUACUUACCAAUGCCAGCAAAGACACUCCCCUGAACGAGGAGUUAAUGGUGCAGAUUCAUUCUGUUCUUGCAAAGAUUGGACCCAAAGAUAAGAAAUUUGGAGUGAAAGCUAGAAUUAAUGGCAGUCUGACUAUAACCCUGAACUUGGUCAAGCAGAAUUUGCAGAAUCAUCGCUUAGUUUUGCCUUGCCUUCAACUUUUACGAGUUUAUUCUGCAAAUUCUGUGAAUUCUGUAUCCUUAGGGAAAAAUGGAGUUGUAGAACUGAUGUUUAAGAUCAUUGGGCCAUUUAAUAAGAAGAAUUCUGGUCUCAUGAAGGUUGCUUUAGACACUCUUGCUGCAUUGCUAAAAUCAAAAACAAAUGCCAGGAGAGCUGUAGACAAAGGAUAUGUCCAAGUUCUUUUAACUAUUUAUGUAGAUUGGCACCGCCAUGAUAGUCGACAUAGAAACAUGCUCAUUCGAAAGGGCAUUUUGCAGAGUUUAAAAAGUGUCACAAACAUCAAGUUGGGAAGAAAAGCAUUCAUUGAUGCCAAUGGGAUGAAAAUUCUCUAUAAUACUUCACAAGAAUGUUUGGCAGUCAGGACCCUUGACCCUCUUGUGAACACCUCCAGUCUGAUAAUGAGAAAGUGUUUUCCUAAAAAUCGCCUGCCACUUCCAACUAUUAAGAGUUCUUUCCAUUUCCAGUUGCCAGUUAUUCCUGUUACUGGACCUGUAGCCCAGCUCUACAGUUUACCCCCUGAAGUUGAUGACGUAGUAGAUGAAAGUGAUGACAACGAUGAUACUGAUUUAGAAGCUGAAAAUGAAACUGAAAAUGAAGAUGAUCUAGAUAAAAAUUUUAAGAAUGAUGAUAUUGAAACAGAUAUUAACAAACUAAAACCCCAGCAAGAACCAGGACGAACAAUAGAAGAACUUAAAAUGUAUGAACACCUUUUCCCUGAGCUUGUUGAUGAUUUUCAGGACUAUGACUUAAUCUUCAAAGAACCAAAGCCUUUUGUAUUAGAGGAGAAAUUGCGUAUCCCCAUUGUUGUUCCAACUGCAGGCGAGGAAGCAUAUGGGAAUUCAGGCAAUUUAAGAAAAGGAACUGUGAUAAAAGCGAAUGCUUCUCCUAAAGGAGAUGAUGACGACAAGAGCGCUGUACUUAUGGAUCUGGCAAAAGAUGAUAUGAAAGAUAAAGACAGAACAUUGCAAGAGCCGCUAGUUGAUCUUAGUAGAACUGGCUCUUCACUUCAUAGUUUAAACAGUGAUAUUGUGAAGGCUUUGGACCGAAUUACACUGCAGAAUAUUCCUGGUCAAACAGCACCUGGUUGUUCUACAGGAGUGAAGAAGGACCACGGUCUUCCUCUUACCACCCUUACAUGUUCUAAAGCAAACCCACUGCUGGCUCCCUGUGGAAAUGCUUUGUUUGAGGGAAGAGCAGUUCCCUUAGGGAAGCUUUGUUGUACUGGAGUGGAAACCGAAGAUGAUGAAGAGAGUGAAUCUGCUUCAUCCUUAGAACUGUCAUCAGUGGACGUGUCUGAUGGACCAACCCUUCAUGACUCAGAUCUCUAUAUUGAUGUUGUAAAAAGUACGAAGUCUGUUCCAGAAUAUUCUGAGGUGGCUUAUCCGGAUUAUUUUGGUCACGUUCCACCUCCAUUUAAAGAACCCAUUUUAGAAAGGCCAUAUGGUGUACAAAGGACAAAAAUUGCCCAAGAUAUUGAAAGACUGAUACACCAGAGUGAUAUCAUAGAUCGAGUUGUUUAUGAUUUAGAUAAUCCAAAUUACACUAUUCCUGAGGAGGGAGACAUUUUGAAGUUUAACUCCAAAUUUGAAUCUGGGAAUCUGCGCAAAGUUAUUCAAGUUAGAAAAAAUGAGUAUGAUCUUAUUCUGAACUCAGAUAUAAAUAGCAACCAUUAUCAUCAAUGGUUUUAUUUUGAAGUCAGUGGAAUGCGUCCAAGUAUUGCGUACAGGUUUAACAUAAUUAACUGUGAAAAGUCCAACAGUCAGUUUAAUUAUGGUAUGCAACCACUCAUGUAUUCAGUUCAGGAAGCCUUAAAUGCUAGACCGUGGUGGAUGCGUAUGGGAACUGAUAUUUGUUACUAUAAAAAUCACUUCUCAAGGAGUUCAGUUGCUGCAGGUGGACAAAAGGGAAAAUCCUACUAUACAAUUACAUUUACUGUCAAUUUUCCACAUAAAGAUGAUGUUUGCUACUUUGCUUAUCAUUAUCCAUAUACAUAUUCAACUUUACAGAUGCAUCUUCAAAAAUUGGAAUCAGGACACAAUCCUCAGCAGAUAUAUUUUCGAAAAGAUGUGUUAUGUGAAACCUUGUCUGGGAACAGCUGUCCACUGGUGACCAUCACGGCAGUGCCAGAGUCUAAGUAUCAUGAACAUAUCUGCCAGUUCAGAAAUCGCCCGUAUAUUUUCUUAUCUGCUCGAGUACAUCCUGGAGAAACUAAUGCAAGUUGGGUAAUGAAAGGAACACUGGAGUAUCUCAUGAGUAAUAACCCUACUGCUCAGACCUUACGAGAAACCUAUAUUUUUAAAAUUGUCCCCAUGCUAAAUCCAGAUGGUGUCAUCAAUGGAAAUCACCGCUGCUCUUUAAGUGGAGAAGAUUUGAAUAGACAAUGGCAGAGUCCAAAUCCAGAUUUACACCCUACGAUUUACCACACCAAGGGACUGCUACAGUACCUGGCUGCUGUGAAUCGUUUACCUCUGGUUUACUGUGAUUAUCAUGGCCACUCCCGAAAGAAGAAUGUAUUCAUGUAUGGCUGCAGCAUUAAGGAAACAGUCUGGCAUAACAGUGACAAUGCAGCUUCCUGUGACGUCAUGGAAGAUGCGGGGUACAGGACUUUGCCUAAAAUACUAAGCAAUAUUGCUCCAGCAUUUUGCAUGAGCAGUUGUAGCUUUGUGGUAGAAAAGUCUAAAGAAUCCACAGCACGUGUUGUAGUUUGGAGGGAAAUAGGAGUACAAAGAAGUUACACCAUGGAAAGUACUUUGUGCGGCUGUGAUCAGGGAAAAUAUAAGGGAUUACAGAUUGGUACUCGGGAGUUGGAAGAGAUGGGAGCAAAAUUUUGUGUUGGUCUCUUGCGUUUGAAAAGAUUGACAUCCCCAUUGGAAUAUAAUCUGCCUUCCAGCCUGCUUGACUUUGAAACUGACUUGAUUGAAUCAAACUGUAAAGUAACUAGCCCUACUACUUAUGUUUUGGAUGAAGAUGAACCACGAUUCCUUGAAGAAGUUGACUACAGUGCAGAAAGUAAUGAUGAGUUAGAUAUUGAAUUAGCAGAAAAUGCAGGAGAUUAUGAACCUUCUGCCCAAGAAGAAGUACUUUCUGACUCUGAAUUUUCAAGAACAUACUUAGCUUGAACACUGUCAUCUCUUAUUAACUGCCAAAAAACGACUGUAAUAUCUUGGGGUUUAUUAAACAAGGGAGUUUGAAUUUAUGAAGAGCUGACUCAGAAGAUAAAGCAAGGUGGGCCUGUUUGGUUUACAACAAUAAAUAAGUUAUGAAUUCAUAAUAAAUGGGCACUUGUUUUAUUUUAGAUAUUCAGUGCACUUUAUAUCCCAUUAAAUUGUCAACUGUUGGAUUUACUUCUCAGUACCAUUGCAUGCAUUUUUAUCUUCUAGGGUUAUUCCCUACAUCAAAUGGAUAAUUUGACAUGUAUGAUGAAUAUAAUCUUUAAAUUCUAGAGUGUUGAAAAUACUGAGCUGUUGAAAACUAAUAUAUAUGUAAAUGGAUUUCUAUAGAUGUGUCUGUAUGGUGGAUAAAUAUUAAAGAUAAGACUGUUCUUCAGAAUCAUGUUAACUAGUUGUGGCUGAAAUAAUAUAGAUUGCUUUGCAGCCGUUACAUUCUACAAUGAUCAAAUUAAAAAAAUAAAAAUUAUAUUCAA